UAUUUGUGGAUAAGAAUCUCUGGUGGAUGUCACAACACAAACACAUGACCGCUACAGUACAAAGUAAACUGCUGCUACUUCAUCACCUGCUUGGAAGCCAACCAUGCAACUCAUUCUCUCCCUUAGUGUUUCUCGAUUGCCCAACUCAACAGGUACCCACGAAACUUCUUUCUCACCUGUAACAAUGUAAACUUUACUUGAUUUUAGUGAGGUGGUGUAUAAAAGUUGUUUCCCAGCUCAAACUCCUCAACCUUUGAACUUGAUCAAAAAUGACAUUGAAUGCUGUGUAUCUAUUUCUUUGCUUUUUCUUUUCUUUAAGCAGACAGUCCUAUCGAAAUUCAACUGCUAGAUUUCUACCUUUUAAGUCAUCUGAUGCUAAUUAUUUCAUGUAAACUCAAUCAGAAAUUGUUGUUCCUUUUGCAUAAAUAUAUUGUUGUGUUGCAUUACAAUUUAGAUGUGAUUGGGUGUUUAUAUGACUGGCUAUGUGUUAUUGCAUAUGAAAACUCUUUCCCGUAAUGAUUCUUUGGUAGGUUGCCUUUGGCGUUGGGUAUAUGUAAACAUGGAUAGUAAAUUACUUCAGAACAUCAACAUGCCAUUCAUUUUCAAGAUCCAUGAAAUUGGAACUCUUUCAUUCUGUUUCACUAAGCCAGUUACUAUCAAUUCGCUGCAUGAUAUUUAAUUCUAAUAAAUAGUAAUAAUAUUGCUUAAUUGGUGAACAACAAAUCUACUAUGGUUGUUUCACGCAAGUACAGGAAAAUUCUUUGAAGUGUAAUGUAAAACCAUAUAAUGGAUGUUUAUUGAAAGAUUUAAGUUAAAGUUUAGACGGUAAUUCAUAUGCCUCCCAAACUUGUAUUCAUUGGACUCAUUAUUGAUUAAUCCAACACUUUUUGAUGUUUUGCCUAGCUUUUAUCCUGUAGACAGUUCUUUGAUUCUUUCUAUUCUAGACAUUAAUUUGAACCGCAAGACAAAUCAAUAGACUGUGUGUCUGGUGUGGUGGCCUAAGAAAGUCAGAAGCAGGGAGAAAAAAUUGGUGAUUUUGGCUAAGUGAGGGUUCAUAUUUUCAUGGGUAAGCAGCAAGAGGGAACAACCAUUAGCAAGAAGCUGGUUGAAGCAUCACCAAGAGUGGAAUCACGUGUGCAUGAGAAGGACCAAAUACUUUCAGUUCCAACUUCCGUGGACUCGCAAACUCAAUCUCGUUGCCUUGUCUGUUUGGGCAACAAUGGUUGCAGGACAGUUCGUUCGAGAACCAAAUUGAUGAAUAUUUUGGUUGAAAGGGGGAAGCCUCAUGAAGCCCAUUACAUUUUCAGAAGUUUAAUAGAAGAGGGGCACAAACCAACUCUUAUUACAUACACGGCUCUUGUAGCUGCCUUGACUCGCCAGAAAAGAUUCAGGUCCAUUCUCCCACUGCUCUCCAAAGUGGAAAAAAAUGGUAUGAAGCCUGAUUCAAUACUCUUCAAUGCCAUGAUCAAUGCCUUCUCUGAAUCUGGAAAUGUAGAUCAAGCCAUGAAAGUCUAUCAGAAAAUGAAGGAUAGUGGAUGUAAGCCCACAACCAGCACCUUUAAUACCCUUAUUAAAGGAUAUGGAAAUGUUGGUAAGCCUGAAGAAUCUCUGAAAUUACUAGAGCUAAUGUCACAGGAUCAAAAUCUAAAACCAAAUGACAGAACUUACAAUAUUCUUGUUAGAGCCUGGUGUAACAAAAAGAACAUAGAAGAAGCAUGGAAUGUGGUGUACAAGAUGGUGGCAUCCGGUAUGCAACCUGAUGUUGUCACUUACAACACAUUAGCUAGGGCUUAUGCUCAGAAUCAGGAGUCGUAUCGUGCUGAACAAAUUAUUUUUGAGAUGCAUAACAAUCGAUUGCGGCCAAAUGUACGAACUUGUGGUAUCAUUGUGAGUGGGUACUGUAAAGAAGGCAAUAUGGAAGAUGCAAUGAGGUUUGUGUAUAGAAUGAAGGAGCUUGGGGUGCAUCCGAAUCUUGUUGUUUUCAACUCUCUUAUCAAAGGAUUUCUUGACACUACUGAUACUGAUGGAGUUAAUGAGGCACUCACAUUGAUGGAAGAAUUUGGGGUCAAACCGGAUGUCGUAACAUUUAGCACAAUCAUGGACGCUUGGAGCUCAACUGGGCUUAUGGACAAAUGCCAGGAGAUCUCCAAUGACAUGGUAAAGGCUGGUAUAGAACCUGACAUCCAUGCAUUUAGCAUCCUUGCGAAAGGCUAUGUGCGUGCUGGAGACCCACAGAAGGCUGAGUCAGUCCUGAUUUCAAUGGACAGAUCUGAUGUGCUCCCCAAUGUUGUUAUCUUCACUACUAUCAUCAGUGGGUGGUGCAGUGCAGGAAAAAUGGAGCAUGCAAUGAGUAUUUUUGAGAAAAUGCAUGAACUUGGCAUUUCUCCCAAUUUGAAGACUUAUGAAACUCUGAUAUGGGGAUAUGGAGAAGCAAAACAACCUUGGAAAGCAGAAGAAUUGCUGCAAACAAUGGAAGAGGAGGGUGUGCGUCCUAAGAAGAGCACUAUCCAACUUGUUGCUGAUGCAUGGCGUGCCAUUGGUCUGCUGAGUGAUGCUAAGAGAGUUUUAAGUGACACACAAGAAGAACGGCUGCCAAAUAGAAAGAAGGAUGAGAUACCGGUGGAAAGCUUGGAGAGGAUUUAUAAGAAGCAAAAUCUUAGUGCUUCUAAUUCUCACGGUUUGCAGAUACCCGGAGUGGCGGCAAGUGACCAAAAUGGGUUUCCAGCUGCUAAAAUUAGAAGCCAAAUAGUUCUGCAAAAUUCUGGAUUUUCAUCUGAAACUGUAUGGACUGCUACUAAAUCCUUGUUCAACCAAACAUGUGCAUUCCGGGUGCAGCCACUGGUUUGCAGGAAGCAAUCUGAAAGUCAGAUGGGGAUAUGUGGGCAGUUUGUAAAUGGUUAUAGAUUGGUGUUCAUAAGCUGAUGACUGCUGUGAUCGUAUUUCAACUGACAUGCUUUUACACACUGAAGAUCAAGGUGGAUUUAUUGGCUCCUGAUGAUAAUUCGCUAUAAAGUGUUGUAGAUAUUGAAAAUUGAUGUUUUACAAUUUAUACCUCUAUUUCUACUGGUCUCAUUGAUUACACAACUCAGUUUCUAAGAGACGGCCAUGUAAUUUUUCUACCAUUGGAAUGUAUACAAUGUGGAUAAUCCAACUGUGAUAAUUGUUCAUUGAUUACAGAAAACCA